UCUUGUUCCAGUGCUGGUCAACAGUGAUAGUGAUGUCACUAGUCCAUUGCAUGCAGGGAUGUCUGAGGGUGAACAGGAAAGGAAGCAGCUUUAGACAGUAACUUCAGCUGCCUAUAAAUGCACAUCAAAACACAGCAUUGCCACGGCUGUCUGCCCAGCAGACCUGGUUACAAGAGCCAGAGGGAUGGUGGUAGUCACAGGGCAGAACAAAGCCAGUGGAAAUCUGGACGAUGCCAUGUCGAGUUCAGAUGCAGAGGAUGAUUUCCAAGACCCUGCCACUCCUACUGCGACUCAGGCAGGGCACUCGCUGCCUCUGCUGCCUCAGCAGUUCCCAGAAGUUGUUCCGCUUAAUGUAGGAGGCAUGUAUUUCGCUACCAGGCUGUCAACACUAAGACGCUAUGAAGAUACCAUGUUGGCUGCUAUGUUUAGUGGAAGACACUACAUUCCAACAGAUGCUCAAGGCAGAUAUUUUAUUGACAGAGAUGGAACUUACUUUGGAGACGUUCUUAACUUUCUGCGAUCUGGUGACCUGCCGCCUAGAGAACGGGUGAGGUCAGUUUACAAGGAAGCUCAAUAUUAUUCCAUAGGACCAUUGCUGGACAAUCUAGAGGAAGUCCAGCCUCUUAAAGGAGAAAAAGUUAGACAAGCUUUCCUGGGCUUAAUGCCAUAUUACAAAGAACACUUGGAGCGGAUAAUUGAAAUAGCUAAGCUUAGAGCCAUGCAGAGAAAAGCAAGAUUUGCAAAGUUGAAGAUCUGUGUUUUCAAGGAAGAAAUGCCCAUCACCCCAUAUGAAUGUCCACUUUUCAACUCUCUACGUUUUGAAAGAAGUGAAAGUGAGACAAAACUGUUUGAACAUCACUGUGAAGUAGAUGUAUCUUUUGGCCCCUGGGAGGCUGUAGCUGAUGUAUACGAUCUUCUGCACUGUAUUGUGACAGACCUGUCAGACAAGGGAAUUACUGUGGAUCAUCAGUGCAUUGGUGUGUGUGAUAAACAUCUGAUAAACCAUUAUUACUGCAAGCGCCCCAUCUAUGAAUUCAAGAUUACUUGGUGGUGGUGUCCCACAUUGCUCAUCUGUGACCGCUCUGGAGAUCAUUCUCAACUUUGCUGCACUGCAGCCAGGUACACAGGAAAAAGCUCCUCUCCUGCUAAAAUCCUGGGAAUUUUUGAUAUCCCAUUUCCUACUGAAAGCUCUUGGGACAAAGACUCGUUAUUUGCGUGGCACAGUCCACCCAAGCUGCAGUGCAGCAUACCCUUCUGCAGCUAUUGGAAUGCAUUUAGUCUUCAUGGAAACUAUAGAAUGACAGCUUGGGAAACUGAAGUUACCUGUUUAAACACAGGACAAGUACAAUUUGGGGCAGCUCCAAUGCAAGUUUCUACAAACAGCACUGCAAAAAUGAGCCUAAAGUCUGAACGCAGAGGAAUUCACGUUGAUCAGUCAGAGCUACUGUGCAAGAAAGGAUGUGGUUACUAUGGAAACCCUGCUUGGCAGGGCUUCUGCUCCAAGUGCUGGAGAGAAGAGUACCAUAAGGCAAGGCAGAAGCAGAUUCAGGAUGACUGGGAGCUGGCCGAGCGACUUCAGCGUGAGGAGGAAGAAGCCUAUGCUAGUAGUCAGAGUACACAAGGGGCCCAGUCACUCACCUUUUCCAAGUUUGAGGAAAAGAAAAGCAAUGAAAAGACACGCAAGGUGACAACUGUGAAGAAAUUCUUCAGUGCUUCUUCCAGGACAGGAGCUAAGAAGGAGAUCCAUGAAGCUAAGGCUCCUAGCCCAUCGAUAAACAGGCAGGUCAGCAUUGAGACAGAUCGAGCGUCCAAGGAGUUUAUAGAGUUUCUCAAGACCUAUCAUAAAUCUGGUCAAGAAAUUUAUAAGCAGUGCAAAAUGUUUUUGGAAGCAAUGCAUCACAAAAGGGAAUUAAGUAUUGAGGAGCAAUCUGAAUGUGCCCAGGACUUCUAUCAAAACGUAGCGGAGAAAUUACAGACCCGUUCGAAAGUUUCCCCAGAAAAAGUUGAGAAAGCAAUGGACCAGAUUGAAAAAUAUAUCAUGACUCGAUUGUAUAAAUAUGUGUUCUGCCCUGAAACAACUGAUGAUGAGAAGAAGGAUCUGGUUGUCCAAAAGAGAAUCAGGGCUUUACACUGGGUUACUCCACAAAUGCUGUGUGUUCCUGUUAAUGAAGAAAUUCCAGAAGUCUCUGAUAUGGUUGUGAAAGCAAUUACAGAUAUUAUCGAAAUGGAUUCAAAACGUGUCCCUCGUGAUAAGUUAGCAUGCAUCACCCAAUGCAGCAAACAUAUCUUCAACGCUAUAAAAAUCACAAAAAACGAACCAGCUUCUGCUGAUGACUUCUUACCAACACUCAUAUAUAUUGUUUUGAAGGGUAAUCCACCCCGUCUGCAGUCCAACAUCCAGUAUAUAACCCGCUUCUGUAAUCCAAGCAGGUUAAUGACUGGAGAGGAUGGCUACUAUUUUACCAAUCUGUGCUGUGCGGUGGCCUUCAUUGAAAAGCUGGACGCUCAAUCUUUAAAUCUAAGCCAAGAGGAUUUUGAUCGCUACAUGUCGGGCCAAACGUCUCCAAAGAAACAAGAAUCUGAAAACUGGUCUUCUGAUGUGUGCCUAGGUGUUAAACAGAUGUAUAAAAACUUAGACCUCCUCUCUCAAUUGAAUGAAAGACAGGAAAGAAUUGUCAGUGAAGCCAAGAAGCUUGAGAAAGACCUUAUAGAUUGGACUGAUGGAAUUACUAAGGAAGUCCAAGAUAUUGUUGAAAAAUAUCCAUUGGAAAUAAAACCAAAAAAUCAACCCUUAGCAGCUAUUGACUCCGAAAAUGUAGAGAAUGAUAAAUUGCCCCCACCACUGCAGCCUCAGGUUUAUGCUGGAUGAUAAUUUACCAGGAAAGUAUUAACUUUGAAAGGAAUUCUUACACAUCUUUUACUAUUUGCUGCUUGGAAAGGGGAAUAAGUUUGAGGCUAAAAAAUCAAAUGAGUUUAAAUCAGUACAUUUUUAAAGGUACAAUUAUUUUGUUUAGAGUGUAAUAAAUUGUAUUUAUUUUAGUCAAAGUAGGUUUCUAUUAGGCUUUUGUGGGUUUUUGAACUGAAUUUAAAUUUUCUACACAAGCCAAUGUAAUUUUUAAGCAACACUAGUCCAUUGACAACUUUUUCCUGAAAGCUUCCUUCUAGGCAUGCACUUGUGUUUUUAAAUAAUGAGUUUAAUUUAAAUUUAAGAAGGAAAAAGAUUAGCAGUACUUCUUGAAUGAUGCAAGGCUGGGUGUUCUAGCAGAAACUCAAAGGUACCAGUGUUCCAGAGUCUGAAUUUAUUCUAUAGUUGUAAUGAUGAAAGAUAUAGUGUAAAAUAUAUAUGUAGAAUUGUAAAUAGGUUUAAAAAAGUAAUGUUUCAACUGUGCAUGGCACCUUGUGUAUUAGUACAAAAUGAUAUAUAAAAAUGUCCAUUUUUAACAACUUUUAUUUAGUUAAAUAUGAACUUCACAGUAUAUAAGGAAGUACGCCAUUAAUAUAUUUUAGCAAGCUGGAUGAUGCAACAGAAUGAACUGCGGAUUUGAAAGCUUGACAGAACUAUGUCAUAGUAUUCAUAGCUUUUAAGCUCAUUCUUUAUAAUAACUCUUGGGAUCUGAAAAUGGAAAUAUUUUUUCAUCUUAACGUUUGCCUCCAUUUUUGUCAGUACACUGAUGGUCUGUUGGGUUGCAGGUAGUUGCUGGUGUUGCUUAUUUGUAAGAAGAAAGAGCAUUGAAGCAGGUUUUGGAAGGAGAGGAAAAUGACAGACUUGGAACACGUGAUAGUUGUGGGGGAAAUGGCUCAAAUGCUCAGCCAACAGUGACUGACUCCUGUGCAUCAUAUGAACAUGUUUUAGAGGCUACUUUAUUAAGAGCAUGACCCUUUGCUAUGAGCAAGAAAGAGCACAUUUAUUUUUGCAAAAUUGCACUAUUCCAGGCUUUAGUGAUUUUUGAGUACUGAAAGUGAACAAGUUAAGCAUCAAGGAUAAUACAGUUCACUUCACAGAAGCUUUACAUCACUGUGUACUGUAUUUCAUGUGAAAAAUAACCCGGUAGUCCACUCCACAAAACCUGUAACCAUUUGCAGAUUUUUUUAUACUCCAGUGAAACAUUUUAUAUAUCAUUUUAAAUAUCUUCCAGUUAAUUUAGUCUGCCAUGGCUUGUACGUGUACCUGUGAUAUUUAAUGCUUUUCAGAGAUAUUUUCCUUAGCUUGGCUAAGGGCUGUUCUUAAAGCAACAUUAAAUUUUUUCCAUCAAGGGGAGGGUACCUAUCCCUUCAUUGUAUUCCAUUGCUUUAAAAAUACUGAUAUUUCAAAAUUUGCACUGCAAUAAUUUCAGACCAAAACUGUGACUUGUCCUAUUUUUAAUUCUCAAAUUGCUGUGUUUAGCGGUUUGAACUAUGCAUUCCUAGUGUUUUAAAGGUAACUAAUUACCCACAUUUCCCUGCAGAGAUGCAGCAAUGAGUCAGUUGAUCACAAGAAAUUACUCUGAGUAGUUACUGUACAUUGAUGAGACUCUGCUCCUAGACUGUUUUAAGACCUGGUCAAUGCUUGUAGUGAGUGUUUAUUUUCUCUACAUACAUUAGGUGCUAAUUCUGAUAUCCAGGUACACAUUUGUCUCUUUCCUAAAACUAACUAACUAAAAAAUGUACACACCUUUUAGCUACUGCAUACUAAAUUGCUGUUAAAUAAAAAUAUGUGCAUUAGG